GCCACGCCACGCCACGCCACAAAGGCCGCAGCAUGGUUCUGGUGCACGUCGGCUACCUGGUGCUGCCCGUCUUCGGCUCCGUGCGCAACAGAGGUGCUCCUUUUCAAAGAUCUCAGCAUCCCCAUGCUACCUCCUGCCGGCACUUCCAUCUGGGUCCCCAGCCUCAGCUCUCCACUGACUUCACCUUGCCUCACGCGGUGCAGCCCCAGCCGGGGCUCACCCCUCACAUGACUCCUGCGCACCAGCACAGUGGUGCCCUGCAUCAACCUCUGGCACCAGUACCAGCCCUUCCCUUCCAGGAUGUGACCGGACCCUCCUUCCUACCUCAGGCGCUUCACCAGCAAUACCUCCUUCAGCAGCAGCUCCUUGAGGCACAGCAUCGCCGGCUCAUGCCCCAUCCCAGACGGGCUCAGGAGCGCAUGUCUGUUCAGCCUCACCGCCUGCACCCCAGCUUUGACUUCAGCCACCAACUGCAAACUCCACAACCCAUGGGGACCCAGCCUCGGUAUUUAGCUGAAGGCACAGACUGGGACCUCAGUGUUGAUGCAGGACUGACUCACACCCAGUUCCAGGUCCGUCCACUCCCUCAACCCUAUCAGCAUUACUUAGCUACACCUCGGAUGCACCAUUUCCCCAGAAGCACAUCCUCGACACAGAUGGUUGUUCAUGAAAUCAGAAAUUAUCCUUAUCCUCAGCUUCAGCUACUUGCUCUUCAGGGACUGAACCCAAGCAGACACACAUCCGCUGUGCGGGAGAGCUAUGAGGAGCUGCUGCAGCUGGAGGACAGGCUGGGAAGUGUGAGCCGGGGUGCCGUCCAGAACACCAUUGAAAGGUUCACCUUCCCCCACAAGUACAAGAAGAGAAGACCACAGGAGGCCAAGGCUGAGCAAGAGGAUGGAGAGGAAUCAGAUAUGGAUGAGAAAUGCACAAUCUGCUUAUCCAUGCUUGAAGAUGGAGAAGAUGUCAGGCGGUUGCCUUGUAUGCAUCUCUUCCACCAAGUGUGUGUGGACCAGUGGCUGGCCACCAGCAAGAAGUGCCCAAUCUGCAGAGUGGACAUUGAAACACAGCUCGGCUCGGACAGCUGAAAGAACUGGCUGGAGACACCAUUUUCCUUACCAGGUCAUAUGGCCAUAAACCCUUGCAGCAAAUUUUUUGCCUUCUGAGCCAUUUUAUUGAGAGGAAAAGUCUGCAGGCACAUUAGUGGGGAGAAGGAGUGGCAGUACCAUAUCUAGCGGUAGGGGAUAUUGCACAUAAUGCAGAAUACGGGCCCGGUGAAAGGGAGCUGGCAUUCCCGGAGCUCAGAGACCCCGUGCUGCAGAAGAUUUAGUGUUGAACAUGAAGGAACUAGCUGUGGUAGUCUCGCCUGUCAAUCCUGCAUUUCAUGAGGAUUGUAUAUAUACCUCUCGAGUACGUAGAAACAUGUUAGGGGUCCUUUAGCUAUUUCUAUGGAUGGCAGCUGGAGCAUGUUAGCUUAAGAAAUGUUGUGUUUGAUGCCCUACUCAUCUUGUGGUGGACAUGUUGCUGUUACCUAAUUUGCACCAAAUAUUUUUUCAUGGAUUCCUUAUUUUGGUGCCUGAUUAAUACAUUGCAGAUGGGGAAUACAAAAGUCAAGGUUUCCUACCCUUGGGGAUGAAGAGGUGAAAAAGCAAAAUCCUGUUUACAGUCAGAAGGGUUGCGCUCUUUGCCUCAGCCGCGCGUGCUUCCUUUCCUUGCGUUUACAGUGUGUUGCAAAUUUAGGCAGGCUUAACAAAACAAAAUUUAGGCAUUAAAUGAAUGAAGCAAUAGGCAGAAGACUAAUUCCUGCUUUAUCUGCUUGUGCUGGACAGUUUCUGUAGGAGCACAAUAUUGGAGUAGAUGCUGUUUCGUAGCUUACUGUGUCAUUAUGAAGUAGCUUGGUGUAUCAAAAUCCAAGGAAGGGCUGUCUUCAUGAUCACCCUUGUCUAUGAUGCUUUCUCCUGUCAGCUAUGAGACUGCCAGCACUGGUCCCAGAUGAUGAUUAUUUGAGUCAGUGCCUAUAGCUGUGCUUCGGGGUUACAACAAUAUUGGAGAGGUGCUGAGAGACAUAUGCUUUUGACUCCUCUCCCACACAAAACCACAUCUGCUAAUAGGAUGAGAGAAAAUCCAGUGCUUACAAGGCAUUGUUGGGGGCACGAGCAU